UAUAUCAGUUACCAGAAGCGAGCCUACUGAACACGCGGGGCAAGUACGAAUGAAAGAAGUAAACUUUGUUAGUGUAGUUUAGACAUGGCUUGCAAAAAAUUAGGCAGUUUAAGUAACGCAAUGUGGCAAAGAAGCUCCAGUUGUACAAUUUCGCUGUGCGCAGGAUUGAAUAUUCCUGCUUUUGCUUGUGGAAGCUUCGCCUCGGCUGGUUCAACAAUGAACGGACAGAACUGCUGCAAAGAUGGACACAACUGUGGACCGACGAAACAUUUACCAGUUAAUCAUAACCCUGUUGCAGCCGCUGUCACAUCGCACAGACAUCAGAUCGUGGGCAAAAAUAGAGGCGAAGAAUCUCUUGCCAAAUCUGGCAGGGCUUUCUCAUCCACGGCCCCGCAGAUUAACAAUAAAACGUACUUGUGGGCGAGAUACAAUGAGAUGAAACGGCUCGUGCACGAUUUGAUUCCUCCUGGGGUGUGCAAUCUUUUGAACCCUUCCACCAUCUAUGCCAACAAUGAGGUGAAUCUGGAAGAGGUGGACAUCUACGGCUUUGACUAUGAUUACACGCUCGCGCUCUAUUCCAGCGCGCUGGACGAGAUGAUAUACAACAAGGCGCGAGAGUUUCUCGUUCAGCACUACAAGUAUCCCGAGGGAAUCAGUAAGUACGACUACAUUCCCAACUUUGCAACUCGGGGACUUCACUACGACAUCCAAAAGGGACUACUGAUGAAAAUCGACGCCUUCCAUUAUAUUCAGUUGGGCACUGUUUAUAGGGGUCUGAAGCCUGUCCCUGAUGAUGAGGUCAUGAAACUUUAUGGAGGUUCAAAUCAUGUUCCCCUCCACCAAGUCAGUGGAUUUUACGGCAAGGGUCCCAAAAUGAAGCAGUUUAUGGAUGUGUUCUCCAUCCCCGAGAUGACUCUCUUGGCAGCUGCGAACGAUUACUUCAUCUCAAAUGACGUAGAGUACGACCCAGUGCAUCUCUACAAAGAUGUCUCCGAUGCAAUUGGAAUGGUGCACAUCAAGGGUUACAUGUACAAAUGGAUCAUGCAAGAUCUUGAGAAAUACAUUCUCAGAGGAGACGAGACAUACGCUGUGUUGCACCGGCUGGCCAGUCAUGGGAAGAAACUUUUCCUAAUUACCAACAGCCCCUUCAGCUUUGUUGAUAAAGGCAUGAAGUACAUGGUUGGAAAGGAGUGGAGGGAAUUCUUUGACGUUGUCAUUGUUCAAGCUGACAAACCUCAUUUUUUUAAUGACUGCGUAAAACCAUUUAGACGUUUGGACAGCAAUGGAGACUUACAGUGGGAUAGAAUCAAGAGUUUGAACAAGGGACAGAUCUAUAAACAGGUAACACAGGUUUGUUUU